AGGUAUUCUCGUGGUUCCUCCGAAAAGCCAAGAAGCUUUACCUUGGCGCUUCUUCCUCUUCGUAAAAAAAAAAAAAACCAAUCUGCGAGACCGUGAAGGUGUUUGUUCUGCUUCCUGAAGUCUAUAAUUAGCACCAGCAUCUGUGCUGCGGAGCAGACAUACCUACAGCGGUUUACUUGAAAGCGGCUUUCUUUUCUCUUUCACACUUUACUUACCUGGCGAAAUCGGUUUCUCUCCUAUUCUUGAAGUAAAAAAAAAAAGAAAGAAUUGAAGGAAGAGGAGAAACGCAGUUUUGAAAAGGGUUGCGUUGCGCAUGUUUCUUUUCUUUCCGAGUUUUUUGCCUCUUUUUGUUGUUGUUCUCCUUCUUUCUUUGACCUUCUUAAGGGUUGCAAAUAUAUCUGUGGAAUAAUUCUCAUUACCCACGUGAUUCGCUUUACGUUCGUUGUUUACGUUUCUGUUCCUCUCUUUAUAUCGAUUAAGCUGAAUUCAAUUUACACCUAUUUAUCCGUGUGAUUCUCUCUUUGUGUCUCUCGUUCAGCCAGACAACGGCGCUGGGCGAGGUAUCGGCGGAAUCGUUUUAAUAGUUUUCUAAUCCGCGGCGCCAGCGUAGCCCCUCUUUUGUUGUUGUCCGUCUUCACUGAGAUUGCGCACUCGGGCUCACGUUUUUGACUUUACCCAAAAAUAAAAAGGGGAAGGAGAAACAGGAUCGAACGAGAAGUGUUACGUCACCGCGUCACGGAAUCGGUGCCAAGAAUGGGAGGUGCGCCGAGUCGAGAGACGCUGGUGCGCCACAUCGUGCGUGACCCGCGCGUGGGGUCGGGUGGUGCAUCGUCCACAGGUGACGCAUCGGCUAACCUCUCACAGCAGCCGGAAAUUGUCCUUAUUCCGCUUAUUCCAGAUUACUUCCCCAGUUCGGCCUCGCCGCUCUUUCAGCAACUGGUACACGUGCGGCGCGAACCGACCGUCUCCUACUACUACCGCGAUGCGCGUAGCACCUUCACGGAGCACACCGUCGUGCACAACCACAUCAGCUCCGACAAGGAGUUGUACAACUGGUACAUGAGCCUGAGCGAGCAGCGACUCAUGGAAACGGAUAACGAGCUGAUUGCGUUGAGUCGCGCCGGCCGCGUUGUGUCGCCAGUGCCGUGCGCGGUGGCGUUUGUGUGCAACGCACAGGUCACCGCGGCGGCGGCGGCAGCAGCAGCAGCGACGGCAAACACGAGUGCGGCCUCCACAGCGUCCCCACCUGACGGUACCGUCGGCCUGAGCAGCAGCUCGAGAAAGAAGGACUCCGCCAAGAGCAGGCAACACCGCCGUGGAAAGCAGGGCGACAGUGGCGUCAGCAACGGUUACAUGACGAUUGAGAACACGGUUCGUGUGCCACACCACACGCUGCGUGUACGCAUUUUCGGUUUUGUGGGAGACACGCGAUUUUGUCCUCCCUCGAUGCAUCCAAACCAUGCCGCUAAGUCCCCAAUGUGCCUGACCAUCUUCCUGUCAAAGAGCACUGGCGGCAAUCACCGUACGCAGGUGACGCUGCUGGCCGCCCACACGUACAUGACGCAGCUUCAGGAGAUCGGCAUCUUGCACCACGCUGAUAAGAGGCUCCUGCGGCCUCUAGGGACAGCCGCAUCCAGUAUUGAUAGCGGCAAUGUUGAUGUUCGUUGCACAGAAACGUCCCUCUCACCGGUGCCCUUGGCUGCCGUCUCGACGGCGGAUAUGGAUCCACUCGCUGGGCUUCGCGGUGGCAGUGCAGGUGCCCAGACGCACUUUGCCAAAGCGAACUCGUGCAGCGAUCCGUACACGGAUCCCUAUAGUGCCGAGGAGCACACAGACCCAUACGGUGUCGACGGGUACGAGGGACAACACCAGCAGCAGCAACAACCCAUUGCCCGCUCGUCACCUUCUGGUGGGUCCAACGUCCCUUUUGAAGGGCUUGGCAGCACGUCGCCGUCCCCUGCGAUGGAGGUGGCAAGUGAGGUUAUUUUGCGGCGUCCCAUCGAGGUGAUUGUGCACCGCGCGGAUGUCCCCGCCCUCUGCUACGUGCGCGAGUUGCGCGCGCGAAUGGACCAGGACGCACGGACAGCGGUCGAUAGCCCUGGGACAGCAUCAGUCCCGGCUGCUGCAUCUACUGCCAUCAUCGCUGAUCGCCUUCACGAUAAUGAAGAGGAAGUGAAAGGGCGGGUCGAUGAGGUUGCACCCACUCGAGGUGGCAAGAGAAAAGGGAGCCGCUCACGCAACGCGCAUCCCAACAAUGCGGCAAUGCGGAAUGCGGACGGGACGUCUACGAGACGAGGCGACUCUGCUUCCCAUUUGUUGGGAGGGGUCCUUGUGGGUGACGAUGACGCACCGCAUUCGUUGAAGCGUCUCAUCCAUACCGUCAUCAAGGAGGAGGAGCUCCACGGUUCGAUUGAUGCGGAGUCGAUGGGACGCGUGCUACUGUGGGCCUCCCGCGUCUAUCUCGCGCACAUUGAGCAGCUCGUCGGCGGGGAGGCGGCAAAGCUGCGGCAGGAACUCGCCCAGCGAAAUCUGCGCGAAAAUCCUCUCGAUGGCACGCUGUUGCUGUCCGAGGACGAGCCGCGGCCACCGAAGACGCUGCCGGUUCCAGGCGAUGUGUGGAUCACCCCACACGACACCUACGUGGAGGUGCAUGCACACAUGGACAGCAAUCAUGGGGGCGAGGUAGGCGAUGACACGGCGCGCAGCAGCGACCGUCACCUCCUCCGCCAUGCGGCGGAGAACUGGAAAAUGGUUUCCGCUGGCACAGUACUGCGUUACGUUGCGGAUGGCGCUCGAACUCAAGUGCCCGGCGGCAACGCAGCAGCAACGGCGGAAGAGACCGCCGCGGCAGCUGCGACAUCUCGAGGAGCGUGGCUAGUCUCGACGGGCGAGUAUGCGGAAGACAUUUUGCUUUCCCUGUGCCGCAGCGCGUGCCACGCUUCGCGGCGUGCGCCCCCGACGGACGAGCACUGGCUGCUGAACCGCGAGACGACCCUUCCGGAGGGUCUCACAGCGGGACUUCUCAUCUGGCGUGAACCGGCGGCGGGUCAGGUUGUCUACUACGGUACGACUCCCGAGUUCCUAAAGCAGUGGGUGCUGUCCGGUGUGGAUGUCGAGGCGGCUUAUCGCAACCAAAUAAAGAAAGUCCACGGCAGUGGUGAUGACAUCGUAGGUGGUGGGAAGCAUGCAGCGGCGGCCAUCAGCACGCAGGAGGAGGAAGGGGAUGUAUCGCGUUCCGUAGGAGACGGCGCACAGGCGGCGUUAAUGCGGCACUCCACCUCCAUUGCCGUUACUUCGUCUUCUGACGCCGCCGCGGCGAACACCACCGCCGCGUCUCGGGGCCUUCAAGGCUCCUGCGAUGGAAAGUCGCCCGCGAAUCGGUCCGGCGUUUCCAGCGGCCCGCAUGGAGGCAGCAGCGGCAAGGAGCGCGCGAAGGGCUCCGGCUCGUCGUCGAUGGCGCUCUACAGCGUCCACACUGGAUUUGUGUGCACACCCGACGAGGAGGCGGCAAAACCGAUGAGCUCCUCCUCGACGGGGGCGUUGUCGCCUGCCGGGAACGGCACAGCUGCCACGGCAGUCGACUUGAGCGCAAAGGACGCCGCACAGACUUCCACGCCGCGUGCGGGGUCGCACCACCUCAGCAGCUCCGUGGGCCGCUACGACGAGGCGCGGCUCAGCCACUCUCUGCCGGCGUAUCAGCGGUCGACCUUCGCUGUUCCGGUGGCGUCGAGCAGGUCGCUUGUGCGCACGCCGAGCUCCGCCGCGUCGAGCAUGUCUAGCCCGUCGCACUCCUACAACAGUUUGAGCAACGUCGGCCAGCCUCUAUCUCUGACUGGCGAGAGUCCCAACCUGCGCACCGCCCACCAGCAGGAACACCCCGCGAUGGUGAAUUUGGCCAAUGCUUGUUGGAUUGGCCUCCCCGAUACAACGUCGCGUGACGGGGCCAACACACCAACGGUGAAUGUGGUGGUGAAGCAGCGACGCAGCGUGCGCUUAACGCCAGGCACCUCUCUUCUCGAUAACGCCACCGCACCGUGCCAUCCGGCGCUCCGCAGUGCACCAACGCAAGGCAGCACGAACAGCCAAAGCAGCAGCUACGUCAGUUCCCUAACGCGAGGAGACGCGCUAAGCUCAGCGUACGCCACGACCACUACACAGCCCAUAGCGGAAAGAUGUUUCACUUCGGGUACCGCCGCGGCUGGCGUUGGGAAGUCCGCACAGGUGGCGAGGGGAUCUCUCCCCAUUCACAUCUUCGGAUCCCGCGACUCGAGCAGCGAGGACCGUUCCUUCCGUCAAGGCGGGCACUCCCCUUCCACACAGGAGCAAAGUCGCUCGCUGCUGCGCGGCGAUGACGCGCUCAUCUCACCCGCCACUGCGACGCGCACCGACCCCCUCACUCGCCCGCCACCGCGGCAGUCAGCCGCAAUGGACAUAUGUCCUGGCCAGGGUCGUCACCACGUCGGCACCCCGGUGGAGUCGUCGCCGCUGACGUGGGCGACGAGAAGCAGCGCCCAGCCGUCGUCGAUGCGCGGUGCCUCGGUGACCUUCGCAAGCGGCUCCGCGCGGCACAGCUCGCUGCUGCACACGUCGCACUACCAGGAGCCGUGCCAGCCAGUGCUGAGCCUCCCGGGGUCCUUCUCGACGUCCGAGCUGCUCGCCAGCAGCGCCUCGUCGGCGGGGUCAUUUCCGCGCAAGAAGGAGGCGCUGCGGCCGCCACCGCUGAUGUCAGAGGCGGCAAUGCUAGCGGUGGAUGGCAGGGCUGUCGAGGAGACGAGUGCGCACGUGUCCACGCCUGUGCCGAACGCCCUUGGCACCAAUGCGGGGUCGCGCAGGAGCGCAUCGGGCGCGCAAGCAAACAGAAGCCUUAUCUUUACACCCCCGGUGGCCGCUGCAAAAAGUGAUUAUGCCCCGAUGGAGGCGAGACGCUCGGGGAGCAGCAGCGCACCUCACACGCCGCGGCAUGACAACAUGAGCGACAGCGAAAAAAGUUCAGUUGGAUCGGGCAAGUACCCUUGGGACUGGCGCGGUAUCCCGUGGAACUCUUAA